AUGCAGACACGCAGCCAAACCGCUGCUGCUCGUCUCGCAGCUUCGAAGAGGUGUCGUCUUCUGGAGCUGCCUGUAGAACUGCGCAACAACAUCUACGAAAACACUCUCGGUACAAGUGUGCCUGACUUCAACGACUUCGAGAAUUUCAGACGCCCAGCUCUCGUCGAUACCUGCAAGACCAUCAGGACUGAGACUUUGAGACUUUACGGUCAGCAGCUGGAGUCUGCGCUGGAGGAGGGUAAAAGGAUCAGAGACAGUGUAUCCAGCGGGAAAAGAUACAGAGCCGCGGCCAGUAUCACGACUGCCGUAUCUGACUGGACCAAGUUGCAGUGGCGAUGGGAAAACUUCAAGAGUCUCGUGGUCAGUGAGAUGGACUGGGUCGAGGAGGAGAUGGCGAGGAUCGACGAGGAGGUAGCGAAGGUUGCAUUUAUCCAUUGA